AUGUGGCACAAGGAUCCCCAGCAGACUACCCUAUAUAAAAGCAACUGGAAAUGCUGCUUGAUGUUGCUCGCGAUUGCUGCGCUGACUUUAUGUCUGCCAUCCAUUCCUGACGGGGCUGAAGACCAAGCUAGGGUAGCCACCUAUUAUCACUUCGGCGAUUUGUUGCGACCAGAACAUGAGGAUAGCACAGAACCUGAACAGCUGAACCAUCCGGUUGUCGAAUUCCGCAAUUGUUUAUCGCCGCCCAAUCAUCUUCCAGCUCAAUCGACUCAGCUUACCCGGGGAGAGUCACCAACAUUUUGGAUUGCAAAUAAUCAAGCAUCUUUUGAUUUUAUACCAGCGGCAUAUUUACCAUCAAAUCAUUUUAUUCACUCUCCUGUUCCUCAUCCAGCCUACCAGAACCCACCGGCGGAAACCUCAUCAUCAGUAGUUCCCGAUGAACAGGAUGGCUUGGUUCGAGAUUCUAGUUGGAGAGCCGAACUUGUUCCAAAUGCCAAGCGAGCUAAAAAGCACGCUUCGCCUAGGUUUUUGCCCAAUCCGAUUGUGGCACCCUUACAUCAAUAUAGUCUCCGAGCCAACUUGCUUGAUGUUGUACCUCAUAAGGAAAUCAUCUCCAGUAACCGAAGUCUUUAUCGAACGAUGGCUGAACCUCCACUGUUAACCAAUUGCAUUGAAGCAUUCGAACAGUUGAUUUCAUAUGCCACUCUCCCGCGUAGAAACUUCGAAAGAUUAGAUAUUCUUGGGGACAAGCGCGUCAAGCUGUGUCGAUCUUACAACAGAGCAGGUUUGUUGGUCGAACAGAUCAGGGUAUUAAAUUAUCAGGACAGGGUGGUGAAGAAUGGGGUUAUGAAAGAAUACAUGUCUAGUCUUUUAAAAUGGAUUCAUUUUGCCAGUAAGGCCGCGAUGAACAAGUUGAAUAUUGAUACUGACACGCAACAUCGAUACGAACUAGUCUUCUGGCAAUGGCUUUACUACGAGACUUUUGGACCCGCACAAAAUCUUCCAGCCUUCGGAAGAAUCGACCCAGAGCGAGCACGGCUUUAUGAUCCAGAGAAUCCGUUUGGGACGGUACAGAACCAUUUGAUCGACUACCUAUCUCAAAAAUCACCACCGAUUCACGUCUUGACCAAGGCAAUCAUUAUCUUGGGAAUCUGGUACAAAAAUUUCCAUCCAGAGAUCUGGCAAUGGCUCGAUGAUUCUUCCUACACCUCAUGGAUCGAAGCCGAAAUUCUUGAGAUCUUAAAUCGCCGGGGAAACAGAGAGUGGGGAACCCCCCUUGACCCGCAGGACAGAGAAACGCCACAUCUUUCAAGAAAGCGGAAGUCCACUCGUACUCAAAAGCAGGCUAUGAAGUCCAUUGAAAUCCUGUCCAGUCAUGGAAAUUUUCUCCCCGUUCCUUGGGAUCAGUUGAUGUCAACUACCCAUGUGUCGCAAGCAGACAGGUCAUAA